AUGGCUUCGACAUCAGCUGCAUUGGUGAAUGGAUUGGGCUCUUCUGCAUUCUUGAAUGGUGGCAAGAACACCCAGAUUUUGUUGUCAGCACCAAUUGCAGCUAGAACUGCAGUGUCUCCUAAGAGGUUUACUGUGGUUGCUGCUGCUGCUCCUAAGAAGUCUUGGGUUCCUGGUGUUAGAGGUGGUGGCAACUUCAUCGACCCCGAGUGGCUCGAUGGCUCGCUCCCUGGUGACUAUGGUUUCGACCCGCUAGGUCUUGGAAAGGAUCCAGCAUUCUUGAAAUGGUACAGAGAAGCCGAGCUGAUCCACGGCAGAUGGGCAAUGACUGCAGUCGUUGGCAUCUUCGUCGGCCAAGCUUGGAGUGGUAUCCCCUGGUUCGAAGCUGGCGCUGCACCCGGCGCCGUUGCACCCUUCUCUUUUGGCUCUCUCCUUGGCACCCAACUCCUUCUCAUGGGUUGGGUCGAGAGCAAAAGAUGGGUCGACUUCUUCAACCCGGAAUCUCAAUCUGUUGAGUGGGCUACUCCAUGGUCGAGAACUGCAGAAAACUUUGCCAAUGCAACCGGCGAACAAGGAUAUCCCGGAGGCAAAUUCUUUGAUCCUUUGGGCCUUGCCGGUACACUCAAGGAUGGAGUUUAUAUCCCUGAUACGGAGAAGCUUGAGAGAUUGAAAGUUGCAGAAAUUAAACACGCAAGACUUGCUAUGGUGGCUAUGCUUAUAUUCUACUUUGAAGCUGGCCAAGGGAAGACACCCCUUGGAGCUCUUGGAUUGUAA